AUGGACGUUGCAGGACUCGUUCUGGCACUCCCGCAGGUAGCUUGUAAGACCAUCGCACUACUGGUAGAAGUCCACGAAGCCUCUUCAGAAAGAACAAAGGUCCGUCAGGAAGUCGCCAGCCUUCUGUCCAGGAUCCUAGAAUUCAAAGCCUCCUUAGAUGGUCCAGUUUUCGCUGGAUCGGAUACAUGGGCUUUGGGAUUUUCAGAUCAGGCAAUCCAACAAUUGACAGAAGAGCUUGAUAAUCUCUGUAAGAAGUUGGAACAGGCCUCAAAUUCAAGAGUUAAGCAGGCUGUAUCCUCCGUCUUCUGGUUCAAAGACAAAAAGGAUGUCGUUCGCAUUCUUGACAAGGUGGCUAGGGUGAAACAGGAUAUCGACUUGGCCAUCAGUGGAAAUAACUUGGCCCUGGCUGUGAAGACUAGUCAGAGAAUAGAGAAAACCCAUGCGGCGGUUGAAGACCUUCAGGCCGUAAAAGCAACAGGAGCUGGCAAAACAGUGCUCACAUCCAUUGCAGUCGAAUGGCUGCGGCAGCGUUUUCGGAGUGGUCCAGCCGUCAACGUAGCUUGCGCCUACUGCGAGUACAAGGAAGCAGCGACUCAAAAUGUUCAAAAUCUGAUUAUGGGACUUUGGCGACAACUCAUCGACCCGAGUGCCGAACAUAGUUCUCCGGCGACAAAACUGUGGACCGACAUGGAUUCCGGUCAGAAGCAGCGUGGCGAGGUCCGAACCGGCAGAUUGCUCGAGAUCGUUGAGGCCGAAAUGCAGAAAUCCUCGCGCAUCUUUUUCCUGGUCGACGCCUUGGACGAGUUUCCGGAGGCCUCGCAACAAGAGCUGAUUUCCUCGCUAAAAUCGUUGCAGUCAAAGAGCCAUUGCAAUUUGAUGGUCACUUCCCGAAAGCUCGAUAGCAUUGCUCAAAUAUUUGACAAGGACCCAGAGAUUCAGAUUGACGCCCAAAAUGACGAUCUGGUUACGUACAUUACGGCUCGAAUUCAAGAAACCCCCUUUCAAAAGGUCAAGCAGAAAUAUGCCGCAAUGGAAGCAGAUGUCCUGAAGGAGGUCAUCCCGAAGUGCGACAAGAUGUUUCUCCUCGCACGAUUGUACAUGGAUAGUCUGUCCAACCAGACCCGAGUUAGCCAUUUCAAGAAUGCAUUAAAGACUCUUCCAAGCGGUCUACAGACCAUGUACGACGACGCCUUAAACCGGAUAGCGGCCGAUGUUCCCCACACAGAGGACGCUCUCAAGGUUCUCUACUGGGUAUCCUUCGCGAAGAGGCCGUUGGCUGUUGAUGAGCUCAUCCAUGCUCUCGCUGUCACCCUUGAAGACAAGGACUAUGACGCUGACAACGAACUCCUGGACGAAAUCACAUCGAUAUGUGCUGGGCUCCUAAUUGUCGACCCAAUAAGCUGUGUUGUACGCCUCGCUCAUCACACGACUGAUGAGUAUCUCAAGGAGACGCAAACAAAAAGUUUCCCAGGCAUCUCGAGUCACAUGACAUCGGUACUGCUAACGUACGUCUCUUUCGAUGCCUUCAAAACUCAGGCUGCCGUGACGAGGGCCGAUGCUGGCAAUACUCUUCGUCAGUAUCCCUUGCUCGAGUAUGCAGCCACAAAUUGGGGCCAUCAUUUUUCCGAAUCGGAUGACCUGGGCACUGGGAUUAGACCGCGAGCCCUUGAGUACCUGAAGCCUCCCCACAGGUUCUCUGAUUUUCUCAUCAAGGAGAUAAUCGAGAAGGAACACGGUGCAUCCCUUCCAGGGAGUAUUAAUGGUACUCAUGUCGCAGUCGUAUUCGAUUUGCAGGAAUUCACCCCGGAUCUACAAGCGUCUGGUCUUUAA